UCUCUCUCCCUCUCCUCUUUUUCUCUCUCUUAAUAAACUCUCAAAUGAGUCAAAACUCUAUUAAAAGCCCCAUAUGCCCCAUUCCUCCCUCCCUCACAAUAAAACUUCCAAAAUUUUCAACAAACUCCUAUGCCUUCCUCCUCCUCCUUCCUUCUUUAAUUUAUUUGCUUCAUUUCUCAUAUAUAAAUUUAUUCCUUUAACUUUUCUUUCAUUUUAGAAAAGCAAAUCGACCCAUUUCAAGAUUUGCAAAACCCAUAAGGAAAAACCAAAACUUUUUGUUUUCCCAUGGGAAGAUCUCCUUGUUGUGAGAAGGCUCAUACAAACAAAGGGGCAUGGACAAAGGAAGAAGACGACCGUCUUAUUGCUUAUAUCAAAGCUCACGGCGAGGGCUGCUGGCGGUCACUUCCUAAGGCCGCCGGUCUCCUCCGUUGCGGUAAGAGUUGCCGCCUCCGCUGGAUUAAUUAUCUCCGCCCUGAUCUUAAGCGUGGCAAUUUCACUCAACAUGAAGAUGACCUCAUCAUCAAACUCCAUAGCCUCCUUGGAAAUAGAUGGUCUUUGAUAGCGGGAAGAUUACCGGGAAGAACGGAUAAUGAGAUAAAGAAUUACUGGAACACUCAUAUAAAACGAAAGCUCUUAAGUCGAGGAAUCGACCCAACAACUCAUCGACCGAUCACUGACUCAUCUUCGGUAAAAACUCCGGCAACCACCAUAUCCUUUGCCUCCAAUUCUGGGUUGGAGGAUCAGGAAGAUAGAAAGAAACCAGUUAUCAAUAACUUUUCUCCGCCAAAAGAAGAAGAGCUUUUGGAUUUGAAUCUCGACCUUAGAAUUAGCCCGCCACCGUACCCGACGGCGAUGACGAUAAAGAAUGAAGUGAGAAAUAGUCUUUGCUUUUUUUGCAGUUUGGGGUUUGAGAACAGUAAGAAUUGCAGCUGUGGAAAUGGUAAAAUUAGUGCUUCUAGUGAUAGCAAUGGUAAUGGGUAUGAUUUUUUGGGAUUAAAAAGUUGUGUGUUGGAUUGUAGAAGUUUGGAGAUUAAAUGACACUUGAUAAUUUUUUUUUUCUUUUUUUGGUUCUUCUUUGAUUUAUUUAUGAUAAUAUAUAUGUAGUUAAGAAAAUAUAUAUAAAUGAGAAAAGAAAAAGUGUUGUUGAUGAUCCA